AUGGAGCCCCGGCACGCCGUGGCCGUGGGGACCGUUCCGAAGGGCUCGAAGCGCCACGUGCUGCUGGCCGAGCUGGCAGACGAUGAGGAUUUGCGCCACUUCCUGGCCCUGGGUGUCCUCUUCAACAAGGGGAGGACAUCGCUCUCUGUGUACAGAUACCGCUACGAUCCCGUCACUUAUGACGGCAAGUGGACAAAGUCUUCGAUCCGAAAAUGGCUGGAAGAUGUGUCCUAUCCUCCGGUGAAUCGCUUGCAGCCGCAGUUCGCACCGACCAAGUACCUGACGAAAAACCCGUUUGGUGUCCUUUUGGUCGUGAAGCCGGUUGCCACCGACACGGACGACCUGGCCAAGGCCCUCGAGCCCCACGCCCACCGCUUGGCGGACAGGCUCAAGGUGACCUUCUUUGCCAGGACUGCCACAACGCAGAAGCUCUGCGACAUGUAUGGGGUCUGGACGCAGGAUGAGGUGCUGCUCAUCGAAAAGCCCAAGGAGAUCGUGCCAAAGUCGAGCACGCACAGCCACAUGCCCUUGUCGCCAAAGUAUCGUGUGGAGAAUCUCUCGGUUGCGAACGUGGAUGCAUUCUUUGCCGACUGGGAAGCAGGCCGGCUUCCCCGGUAUCUUUUCUCGACGAAGAGGUCGCCUGCCAUCCCCACUGGCCCUCUUCGGCAGCUGACAGGAUGGGACUUCAUCGGCGUAACCCAAGACCCCACCGUCUCUGUGCUCGUUGAGUUCGUCAGUCAAGAUUGCGAGGCAUGCGACGAGUUCGACGGGCCUUAUCGCGAGGUGGCCAAAGCUGUCGCCGAGCGGCAGAGACCUGGUAGGCGGCCCUCGCUGUCGCGCGUCGUCGUUGCGCGGAUCGACCAGUCCGAAAACGAGCACACCGAGCUGAUCAAGGGCACGCCCUGGCUUCGCUUCUUCCCCCGGGGUCCCCGCAAGCGGGCCUUCGAUGUCGAGCACCGAUCGGUGGAAGCGAUUCUGGAUUUCCUGGACGAGCAGGAGCUUGCGCACGAGGAGGGCGCCGAGCUCUGA